GCCGCGCCGUCCGUGCCGCCGUCUGCACGGGCCCGCCGCGCCGCCGCCAUGCCGCCCCCGCUGCCACUGCUGCUGCUGCUGCUGCUGCCGCUGCUGCAGUGCGCGGCCGAGCCGAGUGCCAGUGGCCGGUGGCAGCCGCCGGCGAACGGGACCGAGUGGAUGGCCGCGCUGGAGGCGGCCGACGCCGACCGGCCGUGGCGCUGUGACGGCGGCGGCUCGUGCCAGCUGGAGCUGCUGCGCCGCGAGCGGCUCGAGGUGGUGAAGCAGCAGGUGCUGAGCCAGCUGGGCCUGCAGGCGGUGCCGGCGCCGGGCCGCCGCCGCCGGCUGGCCGCCCAGUUCCUGGGGCGCGUCAUCGACGACCGGCAGCUGGUCGGCCUGCGCAACAGGAGGGCGCUGCACGGCCCGGCCGACGGCGCCCAGCCGCAGGCCGUCUGGAUGCUCGCCAGGCAGUCGCCGCUGGCGGACCUGAGCACGAUGCGUGGCUCGCCACUAGCCGCCGAGACGCUGUACUUUGAGCUGCCGCGCGACCUGAGCGGCCGGAAUCUGGCCACAGCGCGCCUUCUGUUCCGGGACGCCGGUGAGCUCCAGUACCUGGCCCGCGCAGACUCGGCCACUUACGUCAACAUUUACAAGGUGGUACCGCAGGGCGUCUCCUACCAGCUGGAGGAGGUGGGCACGGAGACGGUGCGGCUGCGCGUGGCCGGCGCCCGGCUGGUCCCGGCGGACGCCCAGCUGGUUUCGGUGGACAUCACUGAGCUGGUGUACGACUGGCUGCGCCGGCCCGGCACUAACUACGGUCUGGUGGUGCGCACCCGCGACCGGCACGGCGCCGGGCGCGGCGCGCUGCUGGCCGGCCUCGACGACCGACAGAAAGCGCCAAUGCUCGAGGUGCAUAUGGAGGAAGUGGCUGCCAAGAAGCGGCCGCGCUGGCGGCGGCGGCGGCGGGCGCCCCCGGUGCGCUACUGCGACCAGAGCGGCCUGGAGACGGCCUGCUGCCUCUACGAGCUAGUGGUGGACUUUCACGAGUUCGCCUGGGACUGGAUCAUCGCGCCCGUCCGCUACCGGGCCAACUUCUGCCGGGGCGACUGCCCGGCCGUCUACAUGCAGAAGUACGCGCACACGCACAUUGCGCAGCAGCUGGGCGGCAGCGUGGGGCCGUGCUGCAGCCCGCGACAGCUCGCCCCCCUCUGGAUGCUCUACUGGGACAACAAAAACAACAUCAAAUGGGCCGAGCUGCCGGGUAUGAGAGUGAGGAGCUGCGGCUGUCAUUAGCGAUUGACGGCGUUCAAAUCAACUCUGUGCAAACGUCCGGCAAAAAAAAAAGACAAAAAAACGCACAUGGUUAACACAGUAAAGCGCUGAUAACUUGUCUGUGAGCGCUGCAGUGGCAGCAGGCAGUGGUCAGACUGCGCCCGGUGUGGUGCGCUGGCCUUUGACUGUUCGGUGUGUAUGUGCUGCGGACGUGCUGCUCUGUGCCCGAGCAGCAGGCGCUGCUCCCGGAACACUCGGCUGAACCGUCUGCCCAGUGGCUGGGCGCCGGCAUUGGCUGCCCAGAGGAUUGGGUGCGGGGAUCGGCGGGGCUAGGCGCGGCCGUUGGCUGCCCAGGGGGUGAAGCGCGCGCGGGGAUUGGGCGUCGAGGAGACUGGCGUGGGCGCGGCGGCUGGUGACGAUGGCCGUGGAAUCCACGGAGCCCUGGAUGACGGACUGAGCUCUUCCCGGAGAAAGAGCGCGGCGGGCUGCGGUGUUCGUAUGUGGGAGGACGACCGCGGGGUUUAUCCGGGGGCUUUGCUCCUCUGAAGGACAGAUGGAGGACAGAUGGACUGUGCGGGGCUGCGUCCCUUUGGAGGACAGACUGUACGGGGCUGCUCCCCGGGAGCACAGCUUGGGUGUGCACUGUGCAGAGCGACGAUUGGGUGUAUGGAGAAUGCUUAACGCCCUUCUUUCUGCCAUAUGGUGGACUGGUUGCCGGCUGCAGGCUUUCGCUGCGUCAACUAACGUCGCAAAGCUUAUUGCGCAAAGUGGGCCGGCUGCCGAACAGAGAGACGGCAGUGCCAACUAACAAUGUGUCUGUGGUUUUCUAGUUUUAUUUUAUGCCUUUAUGUUAGGCUGUUUGUUUGCGCCAGACGCUGACAUCAAGGAGGCGUUUGGCCCGGGUGGUGGACCGAUAAUCAUUGGUCGGCCGUUCCGGUCGUGAUAUACGGGAUCUGACAGACUGGAGAACACGCUGGGCCUGUGAUACGGAUGUCGCUGUCCCCCUGGGACUGUGAUAUGAAUGUAGCUGUCCCCCUGGGGCUGUGAUAUAAAUGUCGCUGUCCCCGUGGGACUGUGAUAUGGAUGUCGCUGUACGCCUGGGGCUGUGAUAUGAAUGUCGCUGUCCCCGUGGGACUGUGAUAUGGAUGUCGCUGUCCCCCUGGGGCUGUGAUAUGAAUGUCGCUGUCCCCGUGGGACUGUGAUACGGAUGUCGCUGUCCCCGUGGGACUGUGAUACGGAUGUCGCUGUCCCCCUGGGGCUGUGAUACGGAUGUCGCUGUCCCCGUGGGACUGUGAUACGGAUGUCGCUGUCCCCCUGGGACUGUGAUACGGAUGUCGCUGUCCCCCUGGGGCUGUGAUACGGAUGUCGCUGUCCCCGUGGGACUGUGAUACGGAUGUCGCUGUCCCCCUGGGGCU